AUGUCUGUCGUACCUGCUGGCUCAAAGAUCCUCGUCACUGGCAUUACUGGCUUCAUAGCCGCACACGUAGCAGAGCAACUACUUGCGGCUGGCUUUCGUGUGAGAGGAACAGUGCGAUCUCUUGCAAAAGCGGAGCAUCUGAAGCAGCGCUUCGCGUCGUACGGUGACAAGGUUGAGUUUACCGUCGUGGAAGAUCUCGAAAAGGAUGGUGGAUUUGAUGAAGCUGUGAAAGGUGUGGCGGGAAUCGCGCACGUUGCAAGUCCAUUCCAUUACAAAGUCGAAGAUCCCUGGAAGGAUCUGAUUAAUCCCGCAGUUCGAGGCACUCUUUCCCUUUUGGAAGCUGCGGCUGCCACCGAAGGAAUCCAUCGGGUGGUCAUCACGUCAUCUUUCGCAGCCAUUGCUCAUCCUGCGGCUCCUGGUUACAAGUUUACUGAGGAGGACUGGAAUAACUGGGCAUUGAAAGAGGUUGAGGAGAAAGGAAAAGAUGUAGCCCCUGCUGUUGCUUAUCGAGCCUCCAAAGCCGAGGCUGAACGAAAAACCUGGACAUUCGUCAAGGAGAGAAAGCCGAAAUUUGACGUGGUGACUAUCAAUCCAGUCUUUGUCUUUGGGCCAAUCAUCACGGAUGUACCGUCGCCGGACGCUAUCCCCACUUCAGUCGGAUUGCUGUACAAGUACCUGGCGGGAGAGCAUAAGUCUAUUGACGCCGGUUCUCCUAGUAAUGCGUUUGUCGAUGUCCGAGAUGUGGCUAAAGCUCACGUUGAGGCGUUGGUACGCCCCGAGGCUGGUGGACAACGUUUUCUCACCUCCGCGGGCACACUCUCAUGGCAAGAAGUCGCUGACAUUUUGCGAGAGUUGUACCCUGACCGACCGAUACCUAAAGGUAACCCGGGGAAGAUCCGUAAUGGUGACGAGACUAUUGUCUAUGGGGAGCGUGCCAAUAAGGUGCUCGGAAUUGAUUUCAUUCAGCUAAAGCAGUCCGUCAAGGAUACAGCUGAAAUUCUGGUGCAAUUGGAGAAGAAGUGGGCAGCACGCUAGAUUUAGUUGCAGAUGUUUAGUUUUUGAGUCAACACAUUUACAUAUUGCGAAUUACAUGACAAUGGAUAGGCGACUUGUAACCAUAUCUUUUAUAUAAACACAUCGUUGAUUGUGAUAUUU